AUGAAAGAUAUUCAACAUAUACUUAAUGGUAAUUACUCACCAAAAAGAGUGCAAAAACUAGCUUCACAUAUACCUUCAACUAUUGUACAAAAAUACAUUAUGAAAUUAAAACCACAAGAUGAAAGAGCUCCCGAUAUAUCAAUUUCUAUGAUGCCAGUAUUAUGUAUAAAAUUUUAUUCAAUUGCAGGUUCAAGUUAUUGUAAACAAUCAAAUUAUUUAAAAUUUUUAGAAGAAUCAUUUAGAAUUAUAGCUGAAGAAGGAGGUGAUGUUUUAAAAAAUUUUAAUGGUGAAGAGAUUUUAGCAGUCUGGUAUAAUAGUGAUAAAGAAAGUGGUGAACAAAUAUUUUCAUUCUUAUCAAGAAGAGCAAUAAGAUGCGCACAAAAAAUUAGAGCAAUGUUUUAUUUAAUUUCUUCAAAAGAAGAAAAUGGAAAAACUGAAUUAUUUGUAAAUAGUAAUAAUAUAAAUAGUAAUAAUAUAAACAUUAAUAAUAAUAAUAAUAAUAAUAAUAAUAAUAAUAAUAAUAGUGGCAAUAGUAGUUUUAAUAAUAUCCGAAAUAAUAAUACGAAUGAACAAUCAUAUAGUUCUAAUAGUAUGCCUAUACCAACGCCAUCAUCAUCAUCAAAUAUAAAUAUUCAACAUUCUGAUUAUGAUUCAUUUACGCCACAGUUUAAUAUGACACCAUUUAUAUCUUCACCAAUAGCUAAAUCAAAUCCAAAUUCUUUUAGAGAGAGAGUAGAAAUUGAACAGCAAAAAGAAAGAGAAAGAGAAAAAUUAAAUAUAAAUACAUCUUCAUCGAAUAAAGAAAGAUUUAAACAACAAAAUUAUGUACAGACAUCAACAUCACCACCACCAUCAUCACAAUUUUAUAGCCAACAACAACAACAACAACAACAACAACAACAACAACAACAACAACAACAACAACAACAACAACAACAACAACAACAACAACAACAACAACAACAACAACAACAACAACAACAACAACAACAACAAAAACAAUCAUCAUUUUCAUCAACAAAUUCAGGUAUAAAUAUAAAUAUAUCGACAAAUAAUAGUCAACAACAACAACAACAGCAACAACAACAAAUUACAGAUCCACUAUUUAAUAUUUAUGUUGGAUUUGGCGAAGUUUUUUUAGGUAGUAUAGGAGGUGAUAAUAAAACAUGGUUAUUACUUACAGGUGGUGAUGGAUUUUUAGGAAUGUAUAAUAUGAUGAGAAAUUAUGAAAUAGCUUCAGGUAUUCAAUCAUUUCCACUUAAAUUACAACUUUCAAGAUCAAAACUUAGUAAAGAUUUCGAUUUUAGUAAAUUAUCUUCUGUAUAUAGUAAUGUUGAUGAUAAUAAUAGUAAUAAUAAUAAUAAUAACACAGUACCAAUUUCAACUUCACCAGUAUCAAUUAAUUUUAGUAUUGGCUCAGUAGUUUCAAAUUUAUUGGGUUAUAAUAAAGAUAAUAAAGAUAAUAAAGAUAAAGAUAAAGAUAGUAAUAAUAAUAAAGAUAGUAAUAAUAAUAAUAAUAAUAAUAAUGUAAAAAACAGUCAUUUAUUUAGUCAAAUUAUAGUUAAUAGAUGUUUAUAUUCAUUGAUUAAAUCACAUUCACAAUGUGAAGUAUUUGAAUUUGAUAGUUCAGAUUCAUUAUUUUCACAAGAUAAUGAUGAUAAUAAUAGUUUAAAUGAAAUAACGUCGAUAAAAAAUACAGGUACAAAAAUAGAAACAACAGAAAUAACAGCAACAGCAACAACAACAUCAGAUGAUGAAUUAUUAGGUUUUUAUAAAUCGAAUAUAUAUGAUGAAUUUUAUAUUUUUAAAGGUAUGCAUGAUGUUUCAAAACCUGUACCAUUUGCAAUGGAUAAAACAUUGGAAGAGUUAUCACCAGAGAUAUUAAUUCAACUUCAAAGUUUAUUAUGGUGUCAUAUACCAACUCAUAUUAGAGUUUUAGUAACUGCCGAUUCAACAAGUGAAUAUAUAUUUUUAGAGGGUCAUAAGAAAUUAAAAGAUAAAUAUUUAAAAAAUAAUCAAUCAAAUUCACUUUUAUCAAAUUCGAUUUCAUCUGUAUUAUCAGGUGGCAGUACUACUAGUAAUACUACUACUACUACUACUACAACAAAUACUACCACUACUGCAAAUACAACAACAGUAUCAACAUCAUUUUCAUUAUCAUCACAUUCAAAUAUAGCAUCGAUUGAUGAAAAUACUAAAAGGUAUCAUGAUGAUAAUAACUCAUUUCAAUUGAAUCAAGAAUGGAGUUUAGAAUCUCGUAGUUUAACAUUUGUAGUCGUGCAUUUAUUUAAUCUUUCUUUUGUCGGUUCAACGUUAAAGUUUUUUAAUCCAGUAGUUGCAAGAAUUCAAGAGUUUUUAAGAAAAUCCGAUGGUUCAGUCAUUGAUUUGGUUCAAAGAGAACGUGGUGCAUUUGUUAUUUGUGCAUUGGGUUUCUCUUCUUUUACAGAUUCAAAAAAUCAUUCAAUUAAUGGUGUUAAAGUUUCAAUGGAUAUUUAUAAAUUAUUAAGAUCACAUACAAAACCAUUUGUACGUGAUUUCAAUAUACUAAUUUUAACAGAAAAAGUAAUUUGUGGUAUGGUUGGUAAUAAAAUGAGAUCAGAUUAUACUUUUAUUGGUGAUAAAUUACAUUAUUCAUUUAAAUGGUUAUCAACUUUAUAUUUUAAUCAAAAAAGACAACGACAACAACAAAAUGAUAAAAAUAAUAGUUUAAUUGGUGAUAGACAAAAUUUAUCAUCAUUUUUUAUAAAUCAAGAAUUUGCAGAUGAUUUUGAUAAACCACAUGAAGGUGGUGAAAUAUUGUGUGAUGAAACUACAAAGAAUAAGUGUGGUAAAUAUAUUGUUUUCGAUGAUAUGGAGGUUGAUAUUGAUUAUAUCUCAACUAUUGGUAGUAGAAGUUUAGAUUCAAAUGAUAUUUCAUUUGAAGGAAUUUCAACAUUAACUUUUUCAAGUUCUUCACUAACAUCACCACCUCCAUCAUCAUUAUCAUCUCCAAAAUAUCAACAACAACAACAACAACAGAAUAAUAGUUUAGUUGUAGCACCAUCAUCAUCACUAACAUCACCAAUUAGUUUAAGAUUUCCAAGAUUUAUUUCAACAUUUUAUGGUUUCAAAAUUAUUGAUAUCGCUCAUAUUAAAACUACAAAGAAUAGACAAUUACUUCAACUUCAACAAUAUCGUGGUUUUAAUGAAACUGAAGAUAUAGUUAUAAGUAGUGAUAGUAGUGGUAGUGAUACUUUAGUUACAAAUAGUAGUGGUAGUGGUGUGGGAAUAGGGAUAGGAUUAGAUGGUAAAAAGAGAACAUUAUGGACAGAUUCAAUAAAUAAAAAAUCUGGUUAUAUUUUAUUAGGUCGUGCAAAUGAAAUUAGAGAGAUUAUGUAUAGAUAUUAUUUACUCACUGAACAAUUGGCAUCAACAUUUACAUUGAUUGAAGCUGAUAUUGGUAUGGGUAAAAGUUCGAUCAUCACAGAAGUUUUCAAUGUAAUGUCCCUUGAAGGUGCUAAAGUUUUAUGUGGUAGUGGUUCAUUAUUAGAGAAAAAUAGACCCUAUAGUAUAUGGAGAGAUAUAUUUUACGAUUUAUUCUUUGACGAUGAUGAUGAUUUUGAUGAUAAUGAAAAUGAUGAUAAUAAUUAUAAUAAUAAUAAUAAAUUCUUUGAUCCACAACAAAAGAAACAACAACAACAAGAAGAUAGGUUUUCAAAAGUUCAAAAUAUGCCAAUUGAAGCGAUUAGACAACAUAUCUUUAGGAAUCAUACAGAUUUACGUAUUGAAUUCUUACCGAUGAUAUCAUUGUUAAAUCCAGUUUUAAGAGUUAAUUUCCCAUCAAAUGAAGUAGUAUCGAAAUUUAUUUCAUCUGGUUUAAUUUUAGAGAAAACUUUUGAAUUGUUAACUUAUUUACUUAGAACUGCUGUUACCAAAAGAAGAAUAGUUAUCAUUUUAGAAGAUAUUCAAUAUAUGGAUAAGGUUUCUUGGUUAUUCCUACUACACAUUAGUUUCACAUUACGUCCAUUAAUGAUCAUUACAACUUCAACACCAAUAUUUGAUUAUCCAUCAGAAUUGGGUAAAAUUAAAAAAACUUUUGAACAAAAAUAUCAAUAUGAAGAAGAUAAUAUUGGAACUAAUGAUAAUCAAAUAAAUAAUAAUAAUAACAAUAAUAAUAACAAUAACAAUAAUAACAAUAAUAAUAAUAAUAAUAAUAAUAAUAAUAAUAAUAAUAAUAAUAAUAAUAAUAAUAAUAAUAAUAAUAAUAAUAAUAAUAAUAGUAAUAAUAAUAAUAAUAAUAUUAUAAAUGAAAUUGAUGAUGGAGAUUUAAGUAAUAAUAAUAGUGGUAGUAAUACUAAUAACACUGGUAGAGUAUCAACAGAUUCGUCAACACAUUCAAAUACAUCGACAACAUCAUCGGUUUCAAGUACACCACAAUAUAGAUCAAAAACUGAGGAUCCUAAUGGUAAAAAUGGUAACCAUUUCCGUAAUAGAAUUUUCAUUGAAAAGAAAGAUCAAGAUCAUACUUCCAAUGGUCAACAAGUUAUUGGUGAUGCAUCAACAUCUUCACAACAUGAAACUAAUCCAUCAUUAAGAGAGGCAAAUCAUGACUCUAUUGUUACUUCAGAAGAUCAUCCUUCAAGUCCUUUACAAGAAUUUAAUGACCAACCACCACCACCAACAACAACAACAACAACAACAGAGAUUAAGUUUAAUAAUAAUAAUAAUUAUAAAACUAAAAGUGAGCCUUAUCAAUUUGAAAUCUCUCAAAAAACAUCACCUAUUCAACAACAAACUAUCAGGCAAUCACAACCUCAACAACCUCAGCAAACUCAACUAUCACUAAGACAAAAGUUGAUGCAACCUCAACAACAAGAACAACAACAUCCACAGAAAGUUCCACAACCAAGCCAAGUUCCACAACCAAGCCAAAUUCCACAACAACCACAACAACAAGCACAACAAAAAGAGGCACAGCAACAACAGGCACAACAAACACAAACGCAAACACAAACACAAAAGCAAACACAAAAACAACCAAUCCAACACUCAUUCCCAAGAUUACAAAAAUCUAUACACCAACAACAACAACUACAACAACAAAAACAACAACAGCAAUAUCUACAACAACAACAUCUACAUUUACAACAAAAACUACACCUACAACAGGAGCAAAAACAACAGGAACAAAAACAACAACACCAACAACCACAACAACAACAACAACAACAACAACAACAACAACAACAACAACAACAACAACCACAACAACAACAACAACAACAACAACAACAACAACAACAACAACAACAACAACAACAACAACAACAACAACAACAACAACAACAACAACAACAACAACAACAACAACACCAACACCAACAACACCAGCAACAACAACACCAGCAACAACAACAACAACAACAACAACAACAACACCAGCAACAACAACAACAACAACAACAACACCAGCAACAACAACAACAACAACAACAACACCAGCAACAACAACACCAGCAGCAACAACAACAACAACACCAACAACACCAACACCAACAACACCAACAAUACCAACAACAACAACAACAACAACAACACCAACAAUACCAACAACAACAACACCAACAAUACCAACAACAACAACAACAACAACAACAUCAACAACAACACCAACACCAACACCAACAACACCAACAACACCAACAACACCAACAACACCAACAACACCAACAACACCAACAACACCAACAACAACAUCAAUUAAUGCAACAAAGACAACAGUUGGAAACUAAAAACUCAGCCCAACAACAACAACAAAAAUUCCAAACAAAUUCAUCACAAGUCAAUAAUUCUCCAUUACCACAACAACAACAACAACAACAACAACAACAACAACAACAACAACAACAACAACAACAACAACAACAACAACAAGAUACAUCAGAACAAACUAAUGAUCCUCCAAAAAAAGAAAUUAUUAAGAAAGAAAAGAAUCAAUAUAGUUUAGUUGAUAAAAGUGGUAAUUUAAUAACCAAAGCUCCAAUGUCAUUUGAAUAUGCAGAGAUUCAAAUAGGACCAUUAAGUAGAGAAGUAAUUUAUGAAUUGAUAAAGAGAAUAUUAAAUGCCAAAAGUGUAGGAGGAAAUUUAUUGAAUAUGAUUGCUACAAAAUGUGAAGGUAAUCCAUAUGUUUGUUUUGAAACAACUAAAUGGUUAAAAAACAUCGAUUUCAUUGGGUCAACUCAUAAUAGAUAUUUCAUUCAACCCCAUUAUUAUGCCAGAAGUUCACCUACUUUACCAGAGGUAAUCGAUAGUUUCUUUAUGAGUAAACUUAGUACCCUAAGUAAUACACUCUCAAUUAUUCUUAGAAGUUGUUCAGUUAUUGGUACAAUCAAAUUUCCAUUUGCAUUGAUCUAUCAUCUAUUCCCACUCGGACAAAAAAGACCAUUCCUAAAAGAAACCAUUCAAAAAUUGGUUGAUCUUGAAAUCUUGGAGAUCAUACCAUUGGAUGAUAUCGAUAGCUUUUCUCACUCUUAUCCACCAAAGAAAUUAACAUUCAACAACAGUAAUUCUUGUAAUAGUUCAUCAAUUGAAAGUUUCACCACUUCUACAGGUUCAGUUAGUGGUAGAGAUAUUUUAAGUGGUGGAAGUGGUAGUAUAAGUGGUAGUACAAGUGGUGGUAGUGGUAGUAUGAGUGGUGGUGUUAAUUUUAAUUACAAUACUUCAAAUCCAACAAUAUUAAAUAAUUAUUUCUAUAAUAAUGGUAUCAAUAAUAAAAAUGCAAAAUUAAAACCUUAUUUUUCAAGAACUGAUCCAAGUUCGAGUGUAAAUCGUGGUAAUAAUAAUAAUAAUAAUAAUAACAACAAUUCAAAUAGUCCAAGCAAUAUCAACAAUAACAAUAGUAAUAUUGUUAGCAUAGCUAAUAAUAAUUUAAAUAAUAAUAAUAAUAUUCAUAUUGUUGGUGGAUUUAGUAAUAUUAAUAAUACUAGCAAUAAUAUUAUUAUUAAUAAUAAUAUUAUCAAUAAUAAUAAUAAUAAUCAUCAUCAUCAUCUUCAUAUAACAAAUCCGACUUAUAGUACAGAUGAUAAUCAAUUUAAAAAGAAAAAUAUUUAUCAAGUUAAUGAUAGUAUUCAUGAUUUAUUUUUUGGUGAAUGGGAUUUUUAUUAUUGUUUUAAAUCCGAAUUCCUUCAAGAAGCAUAUUACAAUAGUUUAUUAUUAGCUCAAAGACAAUCAUUACAUUUAAGAAUGGCAAAUUGGAUUGAAAAGAAUUAUAUGGAAUAUGAUUUAGAUAAUUAUUAUCAAUUUUUAGCUUAUCAUUGGUCAAAAACAAAUUUAUCAGAUGAACAUAAUUGUGAGAAAGCAUUACAAUCAACUUGGGAUGCUGCUCAACAUUGUUUAAAACUUGGUAAAUACUUGGAUAUCAUUAAAUAUUAUUCAGAAUAUCUUGGAAUUUUCCGUGCAAAAAGAAAUAAUUUAAUUCAACCAGAUUCAACUAGUUUUGAUUUUAAAUUUACUUUUAAAGAAUCUCAAUUAUUUAAAAAUAAUUCAAUUCAAAUACAACCAACAAAAACAACUAAACCAUUAUCAUUUAAAUCAUCAUCAUCAUCGUCAUCGUCAAAUAUUAAUAAUAAUAAUAAUAAUAAUAAUAAUAAUAAUAAUAAUAAUAAUAAUAAUAAUAAUAAUAAUAUUAAUAAUGGUUACUUUUUUGAUAAAAUUGAAGAUACAUUUACAUUGAAUAAAGAAGAGAAAAUAAAAUAUUCAAAAGCAUUUAAAAGAAUUGGUGAAGCAUUUUUAUCUAUUGGUUAUUUAUCACAAGGUGAAUCAUAUCUUUUACAAGCGUUAAGUAUUAUGGGAGAGCCAUUACCAAAGGCAAUGUCAACUUCAAUGACAUUUUCAAUUUUAACUCAACAUGCAAAAUCGAGUUUAAAGAAAGCAAUCUCUUCAAAGAAACAAUAUAAAACUCAACCAAAGUUUACCAACAAUACACCAGAUAUUCAAGAGGUUGUAGAGAUUUCUAGUAUCUAUUGUAAAUUGGUUGAAUUGUAUAGUCGUUCUACAAUGUUGAAUUAUGCAGCUUAUUGUGCUUCCAAAUCCACUGAAAAACUUCAACCAAUCGCUCAAUAUCCAUCAUCAUUGAUUUUACCACAACUAUCGAUUUGUUUAUCACAAUUGUCAAUGGUGUUAUCAGUGUUUUCAUUGGUUACUAAAGUUUCAAUAUCUCAUGCCAAACAUUCUCAACGAUUGGUCGAUUGUUUGCUAUCUGCUUAUAUGAGCGUAGACGACCAUGAUGCUGGUUCAUUAUUAAUGUAUUCAUUGUCAUCCAAUUCAUUAGGUCAUUUAAAUCAAUGUUCUUGGCCAAAAGUUACUCAAUCAUUGGAUCUUUCAGCAUUGGAAUUCUCUUUAAAUUUAGAUUUAUUUACAAAGGCAGAAUUCGAAUUCAACCUCUUUGUUUACCUCUCACAACAAUUACUUAGAGGUGACUUAUACUUUUGUAAUAUUUUAAUUUGCGAUUAUUUAUUCUUAUUAGGUUUAGGUGAACAAAUUAACUUUUCUUCUGUCAUCUAUAGAUUAUUAAUCAAUCAAAAGAAUUAUAAAAAACAAUAUGAUGAAAUUCAAUCAUUUGGUUUCGUAAAUUCAGUUUUUGAUGAUUUCUAUGGUUUCAAUCAAUUUCAAAUUUUAAUUAAAGGAACAAUUAAAAUUGAAAAAAAAGAUGAUGAAAAUAAUAAUAAUAAUAAUAAUUAUAAUAAUAAUAAUAGUAAUAAUAGUAAUAAUAGUUAUAAUAAUAAUAAUAAUACUAAUACUAAUAAUACUAAUAAUCAAUCACAACAACAUCAACAAUCAACACAACAUCAACCACGACCUCAACAACAAACACAACAAAAACAACAACCACCUCAACAAUCACAAAAACAACAACAACAACAACAACAACAACCACAAACACCAAAUGAACCAUUGACAUUACAAAAAAUAUAUGAAAUGGUACCACCUAGAAUACCACUUCGUUUGACAUUACCAAAACAACAACAACAACAUCAUCGUCAUAGUCAAAAUUUAUCACAUUUACAACACCACCAACAACAACAGGAUGGACAAGUAGAAGGAGGAUAUAUGGUUCAAUCACCAACUAUUGAACUAUUGACACCACAUACUAAUUAUCCAUUCUUUCCAUGUGGAUUCUCAUUCUAUCAAUAUUCAACUUAUUGUUUAAUUUAUCAAGGUAAAAUUAAGGAAGCUCAUAUUCAACUAAAGAAUAGUUUAUUGGUUAGACCAAGUCCAGAAGGUACAGAAGAAAUAUUUAAUAAAGCAUUGUUAUCAGUUAUUUAUUUCUCAAAAGGUAAAAGUAAAAAAUCAAUCGUAUCAAUUCAAAGAGCUAUGGAUUUAAUAAAUUCAGAUAAACCAGCAUAUGGAACAGAAAUAAGUUUAUCACUAAUUUUAAUGGCUCGUGUUUUACUUUUUAUUUUAAAUGAUGAAUUCUUUAAAAAUCUAUAUAACGAUAAUCCAACAUCAUCAUCAUCAUCAUCAUCGUCAUCAUCAACAGCAGCAACAACAACAAUACCAACAGUUAAUAGUCAAUUUGAUUUAAUGGGAUUUGAUGAUAAUUUCAUAAAUUUAAAGGAAUCAAUUAUAAAUGAUGCUUCUGAUAUUUCUGAAAUCAAUGAAUUGAUUAAAAAAAAAGAACAACAACAACCACCACCUCAACAACCACCACCACCACCAUCUUCUCCAUCAUCUUUAAAUAAUAAUUCUAAAUUUAAGAGUUUUAAAGAUUCAACAGGACGUGAUCAUAAAACUGUUGAAGUUUGGUUAAGAACAAUGUUAACUUGUUUAAAGGGUGGUCCAGAUUUUUGUUAUCCAUCUUAUUUACGUCUAUAUGGUCUCUACAUUUUAUUUUUAAAUAGAAUUACUUAUUUCUGUAAAAAGUAUAAGAAAACUAUGAUCUCUGCAGUUUCAUUCAGUGGUGGUAGUGGUAGAAGUAAUAGUGGUAGUAGUAGAAAAUCAAGUUUUAAUGAAAGUCUUUCUGCAAGUCAAGCCUCUGAUUUAUCAAGUAAUAGUAGUGUUUCAACAAACUCUAAUGAAUUACAAUCAUUCAAAAAGAAAGCUUUGAUUUUAUUAUAUAAAAGUGUUAAAGAAUCAAAAGCAAGACAAUUACAAUUGGAAGAAGCAUUAUGUUGGGCUGAAAUCAUCAAAAUUGAAGAAAAUCCUGAUAAAUUAUCAAUAGCAAAUUCAACUGCAAAUGAUCUUUAUCAAAAAUUAAAUAUUCAACCUUGGUUUUAA